CUCUCGUGGGCGGGGCCUGAGGGGCGAUCUCGCGGGAAUCAGUUGCGCGCGCGCGGGAGAGGGGCGCGUCUCCCGGGCUCGCCUGGGCGCUGGGAAAGGUGUCGCCGCGGGCGCCGAGGGCGCGGGGCCUCAGGGAGGGUCCUGGCCGGGCCCCCGGGGAGAGGUGAAGCCCGCGGAGCGGGAGGCGGCCUCCCUUCCGGCGUUCUCGUCCCCCGCGCUGUCGGACUGGGGUCGGAGGGUCCGGGUGGUGCCCGCAGCCGUUUGUUUUUUGUUUUUAAGAUUUUUUUUUAAAGAUUUAUUUAUUUAUUCAUGAUAGAUCUAGAGAGAGGGAGAGACACAGGCAGAGGGAGAAGCAGGCUCCACGCCGGGAGCCCGACGCGGGACUCGAUCCCGGGACUCCAGGAUCACACCCUGGGCCAAAGGCGACGCUAAACCCCUGAGCCGCCCAGCGAUCCCCCCGCAGCGGUUUUAAACCCUCGGGUGACGCCUGCUCGGCCGGGGUCGGAGCCGGGGCGCUGUUUUCGGCCCCUCCGGGCCGGAGCGCUGCGUGGCUCCCCGCGCCCGGGGUGACCUCGGGUCGGUCCGUGCGGGACGGUGAUCAACUCUGCAAGCCUAGAUUUUUGUCACCUCCCUGGGUGCAGAUCUGGGUUGGAGAGGCCGCAGCAAGGGCGGACACUCCCUCCUGCAGGCGUGCGCUCCGGGAGACCAGCUCCUUCCUGUGUUCAGGUCACAAUCCUCCCAGGAUGGCUCUGAAGUUAAGUUGCGCAGGGCACUUUAUUAUCUUCCCCGGUGUGAUUAGGAGAUGAUUAACAUAAGUGGGCUCCACACCCAGCAUGGAGCCCAGUGCAGGGCUUGAACUCAUGACCCUGAAAUCAAGACCUAAGCUGAGAUCAAGAGACCUGUAACCAACUGAGCCACCCAGGGAAGACCUUACUGCAUCACUUCAGGAGGACUUUUUCCCUUCCUUGGACCUUUGUGAUGCGUUUACCUAGAAACAGCUUCUUUGAUGUGCAAACAUUCUACUGGCAAAUGGUGCAGGGCAGCCACUCAUAUUGGACAAUUCAGGUUUCUUCUGGGAAUUGAACUUUGAUCCGGAAUUUUCUCUUGUGCCUGAUAUGGCUUCUUUUGAUCCACGUGUUGUAGUUCCCACCAAGAACCCAACGAUGUACAACAAAAGGGCAGCUGACCCAGUCCAUCCUGACCUUACUGGUUUGCUGGCGAAAAACAAAAAUCUUCUAGCUGAGCUAAGAAAUCUUCAAAACAAGCUCUUCAGAAAAGAAACUUCAUUGCAAGAGAUGAAGAGUGAGCUAGAAAGUUACAAAGAAAAUAAUGUGCAACAAUCUUUUGAGAUAAUGUCCCUGAAAGAUAGUAUCAAGGACCUAGAAGAACUUAUUGCUUCUCUAACCAGAAUUAAAUCUUUGAAAAACACCAAUAUUCAGAAUCUUGAAAGAGGCAACUGGGAUCUGACUGAAAGAAUUAUAGAGCUAGAGAACCGUCUAAGAGUACAUCUGUUUGAAAAAGAAAAGGCAGAACGAAAAGCAAGCCUUUUGAAGAAAAACUUAGCAGGUACUGAUGGAUGCACCCCUUAUAUGAAUAUGAAAGGGCAAGAAGAUCCCUUGGAUAGUUUCCUGAUGAAGGAUAAAAGUGAAGCUAUCCUGACCAAGAACUUUGAGAGAGACAUUUUCUACUCUGAAGGACCAAAAGAUGGGCAGAAAAUUUGGGAUAACUGUCAUCAAGAUUCAACCCAUAAGGAAAAACAAAAAUAUGAGUUGGACAGACCUUCAUAUUCAUUCAGCUGGGAAACUAAAACUGCACAAUCCCACUACCAGAAAUUCAUCAGUCAGUUGGCUACUCUUCUGAGCAACAGUAUUGUACCCAUACCAGCCACAGAGGAAGCUGUGAAAGAGAGGAUUCAGGAAAUUGGUGCAAAUGAGCGGUCUUGGAAGUCUAGGAUGGAAGGCCUGCAGCAGAAAAUUCUGAGGCUUACAAAGCGCCUGGAGCAGCUGCAGCGUCACUCUGAAGAAGCCACCGAAGAAUCAUCCCAAAUGCAAGAAAGGUGUAGGGAACAAAAAAGACCCUUGAAACGCCUGGAAGGAAAAAUUGCUCUUAAUGACCUUUUUCAAGAGAGAUUAGACUUGGACAGAAAUAAAGAAAAUUCUGGGACUAAGAAUUUAUGGAUAGACGAGCAUGGCAAGAUAUCCAGACAGCUAGAGAAAGACAAUGAGCAGCAAACAUUAUUGGAUAUUCAGCAGAAUUUACAGAUUGCUACAACUCAAAGACUAGAGGAUAAAAUUCAGAAACUUCAGAAACAGCUCAGUGAUUUGAAAUUGUCAAAUAAAAGUAUGAAAACUCAACUUACAAGAGUAAAUGUCCUUAAGGACAAAACAAUUGAGAAGCUCAGGCAAUCUUUAACACAAGUUGAAGCAAUGGAAGGGAAGGCAGUUAUGAAAGCAGAGAACUUGAAAACUACAAUAGACUCUGCCAAGCAAGAGGCAAGAGGAGACAAAGAGAAAGUACACCAGAUGUUAAAUGCUGUCACUCCUGAGCUCUGCACAGCAAAGAACACGCUUGAUAAAGUACCAGGACAACAAGAGCUUUCUGAUUUUCGAGAAACUAUUAUGAAGAUGUUGGGAUUUAAUGUGAGAACAGCUGACAAGAAAAUCAUCAAUCACCUAAGGCUUGUUAUACAAGAUUAUGAAGGAUCUAAGAAAUCAAAGAUUUCUUCUGAUUGUAAGACUAGACAGGAUAAUGAAUAAAAAAGUUUGGUCUACAUUGCUGCCAGCAAGAACACAGAAGAUAUAGACAUGUCUUCCAACAUCUUGAAUUGGCUACAUUAUGAAUAAAAUGCAUUGGGAAUUUUUCACUUGAAAAAUUCUCUCCUUU